AUGAGACCCAAGCCUCCCAACCUCCAAUUACAAGGAGAAGAGAUGAUCCUAGGACGAGAGUGCUUAUUAGGGAACCUGCUCAGAAUACCAAGUGUUGUAUGGUCUUUCUAUGAAGUCGGGAGCUCUUCCACUCCUGGUGGCUCUUCAACUCCUCCACCGUUACAUGAUGCAACCUCUGAGCGGCAGGCAAGAUUUUUGGCUCGUGAGGAUGUUGAUCCUGCACCAAGAGGAAAAGGUAUUUCUAUAGGUGCACGGACCUCAGACAAAGAAGAAGCAAUUAUUUUUGAGCUCAAGGAAGAGAUCGGAAUUCUAAAUCAAAAGCUUAUCGAGAAGGAUGUUUUGAUAGGAACUCUUAACAUCAUAGUUUCCGAGCUUGAGAAGGAAAAUAUUUAA